AUGUUAGAGGUUAGAGCAGUCCCCCCACUGAGUCUCUGCUCUGAGUUGGUGGAGGAAGCACCUGGGGAAAAGGCAGCGGAUGUCCGGGAUCAGGAAUUUCUCAACCCUUGGAUUGUUAUCAAUGCAGACAGCGUGCUGAAGCACGUGCAAACGCUGUCGGAACAACUUCAAAUUGUGCUCCAAAGUGCUCCUGGACCGACAAGUUUUGUACAGUUUUGUACACAACGACCGGAUUGGAUGGUCACAGCAAGUUGCGUUUUAAGCCAAUGCAAUCAACUUCAGCGGAUGCUUACCCAAUUUGGGUCUAUCCAGGAUGACAUAAUCUGUUUACUACUUACCCUAACGUCACACGCAUGUCUACAAGACGCUGAAGUCGUUACCAGUACCUUGAGAAUAUUCUACGAAUGGAUUCAGUCAUGUCUCCCAGCACCAGCUGCAUUGUUGGAGGUAAACCCUUCAGUAGUCUCUAUCUCCACCACAGUGUGGAUCCAAGCCAUGGGUAGGCAAUGGACACAGUUGGAGCAACUGACUGCAACUCUCAAAUUUCAUCAACAUUUGUUCGAUCGCAUGACGGACAAUGCACGGAACAUCUACCCCCCACUCUCCUUGUUACCUGACAUGAUCGUCAGACAGACGAUUGGAAGCUGGCAAAUGCUGAAUCGAAAAUUUCGCUCCAUAUCUGUAUUCACUGUUGGACAGAACACGGGUGAAAAGUGGAACAUGUCUGAACACGUGUGUGAUCGAUGCGUUGGGUGUGAUCCGUUAUCUCCUAGGGACGGACAGUGCGAGGAAUGCCUGAGGGAGUACUUCCUUCGAACCCGCUUGCAGCAAUGGACACGUUCUUUAUUUCCGUUUGUGAAGGAGCUAGUUAUGGGUGAGAGACAAGUUGGUGCCCGAUGGACGCCGGGAAUGUUAUGUGGGCCAAGCGGGUCUGGUCGACGCACGCUUGUCCAUCAACUCGCCCAUCUUCUUGGACGUCGACUGGUUGAAUAUUCGACCGACAAACUGACUACACACUGGAAGGACUGGUCAAAUGAAAUUGAACAGAAGAGGCUUCAGUCUUCUCUGAUGGAGAUCUUAUUGGCCUGUUUUCGUUCCGGAAGUUUCCUGCUCAUUCCAGAUAUGCACCUGUUAUCACUCACCACUUUGCCGUUCCUACUUGGGGAGUUGGAGAAACUCAAAAGCUGCCCCUUGGCAACUUAUGACGGAAGCACAAACUUGAAGGCACCGCAUCACAAACGUCAUUUGGACUUCAGCAUAACCUCAGAUGGAUUUAACCCGUUGAAGUGCUCAUGGAAAACAAUCACUGUUUCCGAUCGCUCGGUUACCAUAAGACCAGGAUUCGGUUUGAUGUUUACUGGAGACCAAUACAAAAUUUCCAAUAUCCCUGACUCGCUACGAGGACGGCUGGCCCCCGAACACCUCCCCCUUGAGAGGGCUGUCCAACCGACUGCUGCUUUGGACUCCACUGUGAUGACUCAUGGAGGUUCUGUCGCACGUCGGUCCGUCCCUGGGGCUGCCAGCAUGCUGAUCUGGAAUCCGGUACCCUCCACUUGGGAGAAGCAACUGCGAAUUGCGCAGAUGAAUGUCCCUGAAUGGACUUUUACUGUCGACUGCAUUUGCGCAAACUAUCUCCCGGGUUACAGAGGAACCCGAGUAAGAUCUCGUCUAAAACACAUGUUGGAGAUCGCUCACGUACCAUGGAACCCCAGGAGCUCCACACCCACCAUCAACAGCAUUUUGUCUUGGCCACUUGUAUGCGCUGCCAUGACAUAUGCAUACCGGUGGUGGAACAAGACAUUUCGGAAACUGAUUGAAGACCGUCCUCAGAAGAGCCUGCAAUCCAGCUUGGUGCACCGGGGAGAGGAGGACCAACUGGCAGAACAGGCGAUUGUUUACGGAUUUAUACAAGCAUGGAGUGGACCCUUCUCCAGCUGUGAAAAGCCUUCUAGCAUGGUGAGACGGACGACUCUGGGAGAAGAAAGAAUUCUAUCAAUGCGGGCACAUUUUUUACGUGGUUUCGAAGAGUUUCACGCCACGGAAACAGACCGACCCAUUUCAAAUGUUUCGACUAGGUUUGUAUACAGCAUCUUACAGCAAAUUUCCUUGAAAGGACUAUGUGUUGUUGAACGGCAAGUAGAAAAGGUCCUUGAACUGGGAAAUUUGAUUCUUGAAAAACGUCCGAUACUCAUCCUUGGAAGUGUUGGUUCCGGAAAAUCUACAACCCUUGCGCUUCUAGCCGGAUCGAUAAACAGUUCCACAAACUAUUUCUCCAAAGUACCGGUGAGAACAGUGGACGAUGAAAUUCGUUCGGUUGACGCAAAUACUUUGAAAAAUUAUUUAGACACAACAAUGCCGCGUUCAUUUCGAGAAUGGUUGGAGCGACAACGAUUCACAGAUCUCGGGAAUUGUCCACUUCAAUCCGCUGGUCCAGUAAAAGUUUGUCAAAUUGAUGCAGGAAUCCACAGUUCCACGCUGGACGAACCUAUUCUACACGACUGUAAAGAGUGGGUAUACAUGGAUCUUGGGGACAGUUUCAGUCCGAAUGUCAAUCAACAGAUUCUAUCGACAGUUAAAUCUCUGAAGGACCCGAAUCGCAGAUUCCUUCUGGAAAAAACCCAUGUUGACGACAUAUCCCCCGCAGUUUUGCAUCGAUUUGCCAUCUUUUCCAUGGAUUCAGAAGUCGUCAGCUGGAGGCACAGGUGGAGAACGUGGUGUCAAGCUGCCGUGAGACGUUUUGCGUUGCCAAAACAAGAGUGGCCUGUGCUUGUAGACAAAAUGGAGACCUGCUUGGCAAAAGGAAUACUCAGUACAUUCCAACUCGUGGCUGACUGUUAUUCUACCGACAAACAACAGAGCAUCAUCGGGGUCCACCAGAAACCAGCGUUUGAGCAACAGUGCACCUCCAACGUUUUGAGUUUGCUAGAUAGCCUGCUUGAACGAUUCUUUCCGCGUGACGUGUGGGAGUGGAGGAAAAUUGGUCAUUGUCCACCACGGCAGUAUCAAUCUGUGCAUCGCCGGAUUAACCGACACUGGCCGAGUUGGAGACGGCCUGAAGAUCGUGUCGAAUUUCAUUCACAGUUGAUCAAGUAUUUCUUUGUGUUCGCUUUCAUAUGGGGUGUCGGAGGGCGCUUUGCUGGUGACCCAAGGUUGCGCACAAAAUUCCAAGCACUUGUCGGCGACCUGUUGAACCAGUUCUUGGAUACGGAUUCUCCGUCUCCACACAGAAUCCAAGCUGUUCCAAGUUAUUUCCCCCCGGAUAAUCAGCCCUACUUGACCGAUUUUUAUCCGAUCGAAUCGGAUAUUGCUGACCAGAUGGACCCCAACAGUUGGCUUCAUAGCACUGUUGACAACAAAGAGCGGUUCAGGGUGGGACGUCGGGAUAUACAAUUACAUUGUGGACCCGACGUCAGCCUGUCUGGUGCCUUUUUGGCACCACCCAGAAUUUAUGGAAGACUAUUGGCCGGAAGAAUUCGACGUGCCUAG